CGAUAGGCGAAACACAAAACAUAGAAGAAGAGAAUGUUGCCGCCUAUGUAUUUCCGGUUGGACUACAACGUGUGGAGAAACAGACAACAUGGCAGAGGACAUCCCUGUGGAAGACUACCCUACUGAGAUUGAGGAGCAGCUCACAGGGUUUGAGUCAUCAGUCGGUGCUGUCAACAACAUGGUGCAGACCAUCCUAUCCAUGCCAAGAAAUGAGCUGGUGCAAAAACUGGAUCCUCUGGAACAAGCCAAGCUGGACCUGAUGUCUGCAUAUACCCUCAACUCUCUUUUCUGGAUGUACUUGGUCACACAAGGAAUAAACCCAAAAGAACAUGCAAUCAAACAAGAGUUGGAGAGGAUCAGGACAUAUAUGAACCGUGUGAAGGAGAUCACUGACAGGAGGAAAGCAGCCCGUCUGAACAAAGCAGCUAUGUCUCGCUUCCUCAGGAACGCAUUGUGGAAACUUGAGGAAGGGAAGUCAAAGAACACGCCGGGUMSUGACCCCCAGGACACGCCGGGUMSUGACCCCCAGGACACGCCGGGUCCUGACCCCCAGGACACGCCGGGUCCUGACCCCCAGGACACGCCGGGCCGUGCCCCCCAGCACACGCCGGGUCGAGGCCAGCGCACUCCGGGUCGAGGCCAGCGCACUCCGGGUCGAGGCCAGCGCACUCCGGGUCGCGGUCACCACACUCCGGGUCGCGGCCACCGCACGCCAGGUCGCGGCCAGCACAAACGCUUUGAUGGCCAUCAGUCAAAAGGACCCAAACUCAGCUGAGAGGAGGUGGUGCAACACCAGGGGCUGGUUCCUUGCUGGCCUCUACCACGUUUCCUUGGUCCCCUUUUCUUUUUUUCUACUUUGUUUUUAUUGUAGGAACACAAAGAAAGUACAAAUAAAGUAAAAUAAAAGAACAACAAAAAAGAUCUGGCAGUUAGUCAAAUUGUUUUAGUUUAUUUCCACUCUUCAAACAUUUUAAAGAAGUCAUUGUCAUAACAUCAGACAAAAUGUCUGGAUGAUCUUGGCCCCCUUUUCUAUGUGCACCUGUCUGAAAGGACCUGAUAGGUGCAAGCAGCGCCUUAUCACUUGUUACCAUGGACACGGGACUCAUGAUCCACUGGUGUUUUUGUAAUGCGCGCACACACACACACACAUUUCUUUGUGCACAAAUAGAAGUUCAUCAAAUUGUUUACGUUUAUUUUCACUCUUCAAACAUUUUAAAGAAGUCAUUGUCAUAACAUCAGACAAAAUGUCUGGAUGAUCUUGAUGUUCUAACAGCCCUAUUAUCUUAGACUAGAACGAUACUUUUUAUAUGCAUCUGUUUCAUUUAGACAUCAAAACGUAGUUUGUUUGUUGCCUACUGUGAUUAAAGAAUGCCGCUCUGGAAACCGCCUCCGACGCUCGUGAUCAUGUCAAUGUAGAUCCGACAUGGCGCCCGUGUUUAGAAAGUAUUGCGUUUUGAUUGGUUAACACUGUCUUAUGUCUGUAUUGGAUCUAUCUGGUUUCUGUCUGUUUCAAAUGACAACUAUAAAGUCUUUAUUGAUGCACGGUA